CCUGACACAAUACUUUCCUGCAAGAGUAUUUCCCUUUUAAUGAAAUAUACAAAUUAAGCAUCAAGACCUUUUCGCGCACUGUGGGUCGCACAGUAUUUCACGCUUUUUAUAUUUGGAGACUAGCGUGCUGUAGUCAGGAAGCGCGUCGACUUGCAUGUCGUGCUACUUAUAGAAUUCUGCUCCAAACCACAGGCGCAGAAGAUUUGUGGCUUAUUGUUCUGAAGAGCACCUUAGCCUCAGUGGGCUUCAUGCACGGUGCUGUCUCGUGCAGAAGGAGGUUAGACAAUGGUGUGCGUUGCAUGAUGAGUUCAGCCCGGGGACUUGCUACUUUAAUUGUCUUUUCUACAAGUUCUGAUGAAAGAUUUUUAAACGACAUGUGAUGCUAUUGGUGUCAUUAUGGCUGAUACACAGAAUCUCGAUUUUGGACACAUUAUUUUGAUCUGCAUCUAUGCCGUAACCAUUUUCUUCAUGUUUCUGCUCGGAUACCUUUGCCUAAACAAAUAUCGGUCAAUGAAGAAGGUCAUACGGGAGCUAAAAGAGAAGAGGCUGUCUAUUCCUUCCCAAAAUUCUCCUCCUCCAUCUCCCAGUGUCCUGAAUAUUCCUGAACUGCCCGAUAAUACUACAGAGAGCCCAUUACAGAGACACCAAACUAAAUCAAGCUCCAGAUUUCCCUGGAAGCCUCCGUUACAGGUUCCUCGGUUCACGAAGGCAGACCUAAACCUUAUUCAGCUCAUAAAGGCAGGUCGAGAAGGAGUCUUCUACAAAGCAAGGAUAAUAAGAGGCACGUGUCGAGGCCAUUCACUGGUCACUUGCAAAAUUGGAAAAGAAGGUAUCACCUCAAAGCAGAUGGAAAAUGAGGCAUCUGUUAUGAGAAAACUGGCGUAUCAUAAAAAUGUGAUGCAGCUGCUGGACUGGAAUACAACCGAAGAGCCGUACAUGCUGAUCAUGGAGUUCAUGAGCUACGGAACCCUGCGCAGUUUUGUUCAGAAAAACAAAGACGAGCUUAUUGCCGACCCUGAACUGCAGAGCCAGUUCACCAUUGUGUCCUACCACAUCGCCCUGGCCAUGGAGCACUUGCGCUCCAAAAUGGUGGUGCACUGCGACCUUGCCUUAAGGAACAUUCUGGUGAGCCGAUUCCCUUGGGAGGUGAAGGUAGCAGAGUUUGGCCUGGCCAGAGACCUGACCCGUAUGAGGAGCAGACGCAGCAGCAGGAAAAAACAACAGAAGGAGCGUGUGCCGCUGCGCUGGUAUCCUCCAGAGUACUUCAGGAACAACUACUACAGCUUUAAGGGAGAUGUCUGGGCGUUUGGUAUAGUGCUGUGGGAAAUGCAGACAUUCGGCACCUUGCCAUAUACAAAUCUGAACACAUCUGAGCAAGUGGUGUAUAGCAUCUGUGCUGGAUGCAAGAACACUGUGCCCAACACCUGCCGUCCAGAAAUAGAACAGAUAAUGAAAGACUGCUGGAUGGAUCCAUACACAAAUAGACCUUCAUUUACAGACAUUGUCAAGAUCCUGGAGAGUGUCGUGGAGAGUGAUGGGGAUUAUGUGGACGUUGACAACCAAAGGAUCUUGAAUGCAGAGGAAAAAUGAAAUAAAAUACGCAUAGAGCUAGCUGUUUUUGAAUUUCUUCGAGAAUUAUGUAGCAAUUGUUUGAUCUUAGUUCUCAUUUAACAUCUAACUGGCAUACUUUUUGAACAGUGUUUUUAAGGAUUCAUUUUACAUAUGCUUCAUUUGUUAGCAGGAAGACAUUACACAACUCUAAUGACCUAGUGUUCGUGACAUGUUCCAGUGAAUAUUUUGAAAAUAACCAUCUAAAAAAAGUGUCUGUGAUUUAAGUGUUUGUGAUUAACAUCAAAUAAUUUAAUAAUAAAAAUGUAAAAUAUCAGUUUUUAUAAAAAAA